AUGUGACUCUGCAAAUGUGGCGAGUACGUUGAAAAAUAUUGGAAUUGAGCGAUAUUAUAACUUUCUUACAUUCAUGCGUAUAAAACGAAACAACGAUCAUAUUAAAUAUACUUUUCUUUUUGUCUUUAUCACAUUAUCAUGCACUACAAUAGUAAAUUCUGCAAAAAUCUUGCUCCUUUCCAACCAUAUUCCAGCCUCUCAUAUCAUGAUGGUGUGGAGUAUUGGAGAUGAAAUGGCCAAGAACGGACACGAGGUUGUGGGAGUUUUAAAAUCGAAUUUUGCCCCAAAUAAAAUUAAAGGCUACAUGGAUAGAAUAAAGGUUUGGACCUACGAACCCUUAGAUAAUGAUAUAGAAAAGAACUUUGAAAAUUCAACGAGAACUUUCUUUAAAAGUUGUCUUAAUGGUGCUGUAAAUGGAAAACUUGUUAGUCAAGAAGAAGUUCUUUCAAGAUAUGUCUUUAAUGAAACUGUUGCCAUGUUAAAUGAUAGGAAUCUCAUGGAGAAAAUUAAACGUUUCAAAUUUGAUCUCGCCAUAAUGGAUGGUGUAAUAUUAUCAAGAUAUCAUCAUAUUAUUCCUUAUCAUUUUGAUAUACCUUUUAUUACUGUGACUAAUUUUGUCUCGGAUCCUGCAUUAAGGAUUUUGGCGCUACCGUCGUUUAGUCCAAAUCUAUUUAGUCCAUUUACGGAAGCUAUGACUUUUUCUCAAAGAAUUCGCAAUCUAUUUUUAGAUAUUUGUCUAAGAACCAAUUUUCUUGUACAAUUUUUACUGCCAACCGAAGAUAAGACGUUACUAAGACGUUACUCACACGGAAACGAUGUUCGCAGCUGGGAGGAAUUAGUCGCCAAAUCGAAACUGUUCAUUGUAAUAAGGGGUUCUCCAUUGCAAUAUCCUACACCUGUAUGGCCGAAUGUUUUUCAAGUAUAUGGGCUAACUUUAAGACCUAGUGGAAAUUUAACGGAUAAUCUUGAAAAGAUUUUAGCUCAGAAUAAAGAAAAGAAGAUAGUAUUGGUCUCUUUUGGCAGUUUUGGUGGUCUUUUUCCAUCGUCUUUAGCUCAGUUAUUUCUCAAGAGUUUUGGCGAAAUGAAGAAUCUCUUAUUUAUUUGGUCCGUAAAACUGGACUUUCCAAUUGUAAUUCCGCCCAAUGUGAAAUUAUUUGACUGGCUUCCUCAAAAAGAUCUUUUAGCGAAUGACAAGAUUGUAAUGUUCAUCAGUCACGCCGGACACAAUAGCCAAGCCGAAGCUCUUUAUUACGGUAAACCAAUCCUAUGCAUUCCGAUAUUUGGAGAUCAAGAGCAUAACGCUAUUAGAGUAAAAUAUUACGGUUUUGGAAAUUUUAUUUAUUUACAUGAAUUAAGUAAAGAUAGCCUUCAAGAGAGAAUAUUUGAAAUAAUUCAUAAUAAUUCAAUGAAGACAACUGUUGAAAAAAUGAAGAGAUUUGCUCAAAAACAAUCUACAAUUGAUAUGCAAAGUCUUGCAAAUAGAUUAGAAAAUUUAUUAAUAUUUGGUGAUUAUAAUGUAAAAAGUUAUGGUCAGAUCAUGCCACUUUACAACAGAAGAUACGGAUCUUCAAAGACUUGGACAACUCGUUAA